UCAUGUAGUCAUUUGAUCCUUGAGACAUGCCCCCUCUAUCUAAUAAAUUAACCAACUUCCCUUUUAUUUUCACAAUUGUGUGGAAAAUCGUACAGUUAGAUAUAUCAUAUUUGUAGAACAUCGCUGACUAUAAAAAAUGUCUGCAUCCCAGAAAUGUCUUGGAAAAGGAAGCGCUGCUCCUGGCCCUGUGCCAAAGGACCAUAUUCGUCUCUACAGCAUGAGAUUCUGCCCUUUUGCUCAGAGAACACGACUGGUGCUCAGUGCCAAGGGAAUUAAGCACGAUAUUGUCAACAUCAAUUUGAAGGAUAAGCCUGAUUGGUUUUUAGCAAAGAAUCCUUUUGGUUUAGUGCCGACGCUGGAAACCCCAAGUGGUCAGGUGAUAUACGAGUCACCUAUCACCUGUGAGUACCUGGAUGAGGUCUACCCUGAGAAGAAACUGAUCCCAUCUGACCCCUUUGAAAGGGCCCAACAGAAAAUGAUGCUGGAGAAUUUCUCAAAGGUGAUUCCCUUCUUCUAUAAAAUCCCUAUGGGCAGGAAAAAUGGAGAGGAUGUGUCGGCACUUGAAACAGAACUUAAAGACAAACUCUCGAAAUUAAAUGAGACCCUGGUCAACAAGAAGACCAAGUUUUAUGGAGGCAAUUCAAUCACAAUGAUUGAUUACAUGAUGUGGCCAUGGUUUGAGAGGAUGGAGAUGCUUGAUCUGAAGCAUUGUUUGGAGAACACUCCAGAGUUAAAGAAGUGGACUGAAUGCAUGUUGGAGGAUCCCAGUGUGAAAGCCACCAUGUUCAGCACCGACACCUACAAGGCAUUCUACAAGACCUACAUGGACGGAAACCCCAAUUAUGAUUAUGGGAUAUAAAAUAAAUCAUUGUUUUCUGGUAAAACACAUCUCUAUUGUCUGUCUGUUUUAACAGACAUUAUGCUAGAAUGAAUGUUAAAUCUAUCCGCCCUUUAUUUUUUCUAAAAUAAUCUUGUUUAAGAAUUUAAAAUAGGAAACCAGGUCUGGUACAUCAUCUCGUGUGUCACUUUGAAUUGUGUUGUUAAUAACAAAAUCUAAAACUUUGGUUAAUAUAAAAUCAGAUUAAGACUGAAUGAACUCAUUAAAAAUGUAAAAUUUGGUGGGAUUUCUGUAGUUGAUUUAGUUAUGUUGGUUAUUAACCAGCAGAAUCAAUUAAAUGCAGCAAUAAAAACUUCUCUGUAAAAAUCAGUAAUAAAUGAAAUAAAAUGACAUUUUAUAAACAA